AUUAAAUGACUUUACUCUCGUUUAAUGAAACUUACGGUGCUGAUUUCUUGCCAACUAACAUAAAUUUUCGGAUGUCGUCAUUAGUGUAUAUUCCGAUUAACAAAUAAUUUAUUCUGAUUUUAGUGAGCUACUUUUGCCAUUCUGCAAUUGGUGCGGUUGUACCUGAGUACACCAACGCUAGUGUAGAAAAUGCAGCUGUAGCAUGUGAGAUCAAUCCAUUCGAAGGAGCUAAUCCAACUCCACUGUUGGUUCGUUCCACCAGUUUUGUAUAUCCAUCAUCAGCUGGACGACGCACAAUAACUUUUGCUGCUGGGGAAACUGUAGAUUUUGCGUGUCCUGGAGGUAGGCUGGUUUUGGAGGGCGUCUCAACCACUCUACAAGUAGCCACAGCUUCUUGCGUUUCUGGUGUUAGAUUCGUCGUAAACAAUGCAAGAUAUCUUUGGCGACAAAUUCAGUGUUCCGUUAAUCCAGUCACCACUGCCAGAUUAACAGGAAACAGUUGCGAGUCCAACGGACGUGAAGCCGAAAUUGGUUUCGCAGUUACAACAAGUCGAUUUGUCAGAACUAUACAAAUCUGCUUCAAUCAGGCUACCCAAUCACCAAUUUACACAUACUACGAUUUAAUUCCUGCAAUUACUCAGCAAGUAAGAGGUACACCCCGACCAAGUUGGACUCAGGGAACUGGAAUAUUUACAUUAACCAACGUCAACAAUCUUUUCACCCAAGCAACGCAAAGAGUAACCAUCAAUGCCCUACUCGGUCUACCAACCGGCAGUUUCAAUGUUAUCCAAAACAACAAUAACUACUUCUUGUCCAGGGGACAUCUAACGGCAACGAGUGACUUCUUCUAUGCCGCUCAACAAAACAGCACUUUCCAGUUUUUGAACGCGUUACCUCAAUGGCAAACGUUCAAUGGUUUCAACUGGGAUCAAGCUGAGA